UCCCAGAAACUCUCAGUUGCACACAGACCUGGAACAAGGACUUCAAUUGUCCUCUCACUUCUGGACACCAUGUCCUUCCCACUAAUUUAAGGGGAAUAGUCUACACUUCUAUUAUUGAGCCUUACUUUUGAGAUCUGUGAGCUUUGCAGUUUGUAAAACUGAAGCAAAUUUAGAAGUCUAAAGAGACUUUUUGAAUUUUCUGAGAAGGGGUUCUCUCUAGGACUCUUAAGUCGGAAUGCUGGAUCCAUUGGCAGAGUUGAGGAGAACUGGAGGCUUCAGGCAGUGUGGUGGCCGGAUGUCCUGGCAGGUGCGUUGGGCUCUGUUCAGCAUGUGUGUACUGAUGUUAAUAAACUCUGCCGGCCUGGUGCUGCUCCUGGUCCAGCAGAGAGAACUGUGGGCUCACCUGAACAAGGUGGAGGAGCAGAUGGUGGAGAUAUCUCAGAGUUCUGUUGUGGAGUUCAUGACGCAAGUGAAUGGAGAUGAGGCAGAGUUUCAAUACUCCAAAAGCAAGCGCAGACGGCAGCAUCGGGGGACUCGGCCGAUUGUAGAUGGCGAGGCGGGUCUGGAGGAUGAAGUCUUGGGUGAUUUACAGUAUCAGCGUCAGCAGAGACAUGGGCAGCUUCUCCAACACAAAACACAAGAGCAGGAUGGCAUGAUGAUGAUGAUGACCUACUCCAUGGUGCCUGUUCAAAUUCUGCUGGACAUUUGCAACAGCACUAAAGGAGUUUGUCUGACUGGACCACCAGGACUUCCAGGCUUGCCGGGUAUGGACGGAAUGCCGGGAUUUAAUGGAACAGAUGGAAUUCCAGGGUUGCCCGGAGUGCAUGGAAAACGAGGGAAAAUAGGUCCUCCAGGUGAGAAUGGCAAGCCUGGUGAGAAGGGAGAGAAAGGCGAUCCUGGACCCCUGGGACCCCCAGGAGAAAAGGGAGAACCUUCAAAUGAUGUCAUUAUAGAAGGUCCACCUGGUCCAGUGGGACCCCCUGGCUUCCCUGGUCCACCUGGCCCUCCAGGCCUCCCUGGGCCCCCGGGGCCCCCAAGACACAGGAACCACAGAGCGCAUGUCCACAUGGAGUCUGUGGGUCACCUGAAUUCAGUCCCAAACGAUGACAACAUCAGCCAGAAAAUGGCAUCAUGGAAGAGGAAUGAUUGCAUGAUAAAGUCCGUGCUGAACCCCAGACACCUGAUGAAAAUGAGCAACACGUUUGGAGCUUGGAUGAUGGACACCGCAGCUCAGGGUGAUGAGAAGAUCUGGGUAGCAGAACAUUUCUCAGGACGUAUCAUAAAGGAGUAUAACAGCAUUGCAGCGUUCCAGAACAGCAGCAGUGAAUCCAUUGACGUCAGGAAGUUUUUCCAAGGUUGCGGCCACAUUGUACAUAAUGGCUCCAUAUUCUACCACAUCGCUGGAACCUCUAAUAUUGCAAAGUUUGACCUUCAUACAAAGAUCUUACACACACUGAGUAUUGAAAACACCCUGUAUCACAACCUGUCCUACCUCCUUCAGAACUCAAAGACGUAUUUUAAAUUAGCAGUGGACGAGAACGGUCUGUGGAUCAUGUUUGCCUCCAGCAUUGACGACAACAUUAUGGUGGCUCGGAUGGAUGAGAAGACGUUCUCCGUCACCAGCUACAUCAACACCACCUACCCCAGGACCAAAGCUGGAAACAUGUUUAUCGCUUGCGGGAUCCUCUACGUCACGGACACUAAAGACACAAAGGUGACCUACGCAUUUGACCUCCUGAAAGAAAAGCCUGUCAGUGUCAGCUUGGAUCUGAGGGCACCUGGAGGAGUUCUCGCAAUGAUCUCAUACAACCCCAGAGACAAACAUCUGUACGUGUGGGACAGCAGCUAUGUCAAGUCGUACCAAGUUCAGUUUCUGUCUGAUGAAUAAUUGGAGUACUUUGUUAUUUGCAGCGUUUUGUUUUGUCAAGUCUUUUAGUAUUUUAUUGCAAAUAAUAACUAAUCAUGACAUUUUUGCCUAUAUGCAUAUCAAUGUUUCUUGUUUCUUGAGCAGAUGAUUAAUCAAGAAUACAUUGUUAAUCUAGUAAUAGAGUCAAUGCUGUAAAUAAGAUAUGUUAAUCGUCAUAUUCAUAUAUUUAUUUUUUAUGAUUUUCUUUUUUGUUUGCUAACAUGGGUUUAAAGUAAACAUGAGGGAAGUUUGCCCUCUCAAAGAGCUAUUUCUGACCAGUGUGCAAAACAGAACUAGAAAAGCUUAUAUUUACAAUAGAAAUGUCCAGAUGAUUUGAGAUUUAACUCAUUUAAAUGACUUUUCCAGGCCUGGAAAUCCCCAUUUUAAAACUCCCUCAUAUAUCCAGGUUUCCAUGACCGUGGGAACCAUGUUCAAAUAAUACAUUUCAAUAGUCUCUCUUAAAAUCGCAAUGUGAAUGUACUUGAAUGAAAUAGGAUAUUCAACCAGAGACAAAAUGCAUGACAGGAUUUACAUUUAUCCAUCGCUAAUUGAAAAAAUAAAGUGUCCGUUUCAUAACGGACUGGAGCCAGACCUAAAAAAAUAUGUUUAUGCAAAUAUUGUAAAUGCCUAAUAAAUUUCAAACAAAUUAAUAGCUUGCCUAAAUACAUUUUUCAAUUUAGACUUUAGACAUUUAUUAGUAACAACUUAGUAAAUCCAACACUACUUACGUCUUAAUAUAAUGAAAUAAACGUGAAUACCACCUAACAAAUACUAAACAAUCCAAUAACUGGAAUAGCUCAAAUUUACACUUUAAACAAUUUUAACAAGCAAUUAAUAUGAAUAUUGAAACAACAUUAGUUAUAUUACAUUCUACACAAAAAUAAGCCAUUUAAUAAGAUGUAAAUUAUGACUAAGAUAGCCUUACUUUACAUUAUUAAUGACUGUUUUAAUCAUGCUUAAUUAGUGCAUUCUUGUGGAUCCUUAAAAUAGUGUUACCCAUUUUUUUCCAUUGGAAUAUUAUACUGACGAAUUGUUGCCAAAAACGCGUAUUAAUACCGUUAAUAGGGUCAGUUACCGUUUCAUGUUGACUUUAAAUUCUAGAUGUUGUGUUACACUGCCAGUAUGUAUGAAAUGUUUCAGGUUCAGGUUUCACUGCAUGCUUGUAUUUGUAGCUACAAAUGUGUGGAAACAAAUAAAUCCUGAAAUAUCUGAAUCGAAAGUCGUAUGGUGUUGAAAGAGCAAAAGUGAAACGACUUUCUUGAAAUAAAAAGAAUUUAUUCAACUUACAAAGGUAAAACUUUGACCAUGACAGAACAACCUGUUCCUUCAGAAAUAUCAACCAGUGUAUUUUAGGGUUCGAAUUUUCACACACGCACAGAUCAGGCCAACCAAUAGAUACACAUCAGACCAUCUGUCGAACAUUUAUAUACGUACAGUAGACGUAGUGUCCAGCAAUUCAGACUCAAACACAAAUAGGAAUUUAAUAAAUACCACAUACAUCAAACCAAAUAUAUACGACUAUUCCAGCAGGUAAGAGUAAAAACAAAAAACAAAUAUGAAAACUAAAAGCAUGUUGUGUUUGUACAAGCUAUUGUUAUA